AUGUGGGGUGCGGGAUGUGGGCAGAGAGCCCCCUCGCUUUCCUCGCCGCCCCCGCCGCCGCUCCGUGAGGACCGAGCGAUGGCAACGAGCGAUCUCCUACACCAGCCCGGCCGUCCCGGGCCGAUCACCCGUCCCGUCCCUGCGGGGACGGACCCUCUGCCCGUCCCGAUCACCGAGCCUGUGCCGCUGUCGUGCUCCCCCCGGGGCCGCUCCGGGGGGACCCGUGGCGGGGAGGGGCGGAUGCGGAGCAGAGUGGGGCAAGGGAGCGGAGGGCGGCUGCCGUGGCGGCGGCGGCUCCCGCCCGCCCGGCUCGCUCGCAGCCGUUCUCCGAGAUUGGUAGAGAGGGGAGAAGGGGCGGGGACUGUGCCCAGAGCCUCGGCGGCCCGUGGCUCCAGGAAAAAUAAAGGAUACAGUGCUGAUGAAACUGGAAAGGUUGAUAGGUUUCUGCAGCCAGAAAAAAAAAAAGGAGCAUAUCUUUGUAUGGGAAACAAAAUAUAUGAGGACUAUGGCAAGGAGACAAAAAUGAAAAAGAGGAUGGAACUGAGUAAGCAAAUCUGUAAAGAUAGGUUUGAUGCCUUUGUCAGUGGAGAAUUAAUCACAGCUGUCCGACAUCUCAAGUUUUGCAUGAUGAUCAUUGAACAAAAUGAGUUUCCCAACAAGGUGCAGGAGGAGUUUUCUGAAAUACCUGGUAGAGACCACGUCCCAUGUUGCAAAUAUAGCACAGAUUCUGACCACUUCAUUGUGAUCCCAGGAUUUUUUGAAAAACCAAGGGGAGACAUGUCUAAACUUUCCAUUCUUGGCUAACAUGAACACAGCAUCCCAGCCCUUGCUUUGCCUCUGUGUGCUCACAGGCAAGUUGUAUACCCAAAGUUCUCCCUCAUUUUGAACAUUUUAUGGAUUGUGUGCCUUCUGAAAUGUUCAGUUUUUAUCAGGUUCACAUCCUAUUCAUUGCUCAGCCACAUAACCUAUGGAGGAUGAUUGGCAUUCAUACUUAGAAAUGCCUUAUGCUUUCCUACCAGUAUGAAUUAUUGCUUUCAUCUCUGAAUUUACAUACACUGAUGCUUGUGCAGAUUCUAGACAUAUUUGGAAGGAAAUGCAUUUCAAGUGAUUGAUAGAACAAAGGUGGUUUCUAGUUCUCAUCAGACUAUUCUUUAAAAUAUAUCACAUAACUGACUGACUUAGUAUUUUCAUCACUGCAUUUAGUUCAGACUCACCAAAACUGAUUCUGUCAAGGUGGGUUUGUCUUUUCUUUCCAGAGAUUCGUGCUGAAAUCCAAUCUGUUCUGCAUCUUCAAUGUUUUUGGGGUUUUAUAUUCUGAUGCUACUGAUGCCACACUUAGAAGAAAAAAAUACUCUAGUUCCUUACAGUUUCCUCUUUGCUUAUAUAGCUGGAAUUUGACUGCACCUCAGAAAUGGUUUUUAUUCAGUGUUAUAUUGGGUUUGUGUGGCAAGAUUUUGGUAGUGGGGGUGGGGGCUACAGGAGUGGUUUCUUUGAGAAGCUGCCAGAAGCUUCCCCCAUGGGCUGAAAGAGCCAAAGCCAGCCGGCUCCAGGACAGACCCACCGCUGGCCAGGGCUGAGCCCAUUGCACCUCUGUGAUAACUUAUUUAAGAAGGGAAAAAAGUCAUUGGACAGAAGCAAUUGCAGACAGAGAAGAGAGAAGUUAGAAUAUGUGAGAGAAACAGCCCUGCAGACACCAAGGUCAGUGAGGAAGGAAGGCGAGGAGGUGCUCCAGGUGAAGAACAUGCUGAGGCAGGUUGUCCCCUUGCAACCCGUGGAGGUCCAUGGGGGAGCAGAGAUCCACCUGUAGCCCAUGGAG